AUGGCCGAGUCCAAGUCGGCAAGACCUAGGGCCAAUCUCGAUGUACAAGACAUACCGACGUGUACAAAAAAGCCAGCUGGACAAAUGCUGACGAUACUCGACUUGCCGGUAGAAAUCAUCUUCAACAUUGUUGAUGAAAUUUUCAAUUUAUACCCCGAAGAUUUAUGGCGUGGUUACGGCAAGCCCUGGACGCAUUGGGUUGCUGAACUGGACUAUCUGGGUGUAAGGGACUGGCCCCAUUUUGACGUCUGGAGAGAUAUCGUCCGUCUGAUGUACACCUGCAAGACUCUCUACAAUGCUAUCUGGCCAGUCCUUUACCAGAAAGACGCUAUAUAUAAUGAAUCUUCCGCCCUGAUUUUGUCGGCAAUGAAGGGUAAUUCAGCUGGCGUUGCGAAGUCUCUCAUGAAAGGAGGGGAUGUGUUCACUGCAUACCGAGAGUUUAAUGACGAGGAAUACUUUGCCCAUGAUGAUCCAUGGAUGUGUAGCGGGAUUACCGAGCGGACUACUGUAUGGCAUCACAAGUUGUCCGCUGUUCACUGGGCGGCAUUCAAUAGAGAUUUACAAUCUCUUCGCUACAUGAAUGACAACGCUUUCAUCGACUUCGAACAAUCCGCCGUCGAUUCCUUCACGGCGGACAACAGGUUCAUUUGCAAAUCGCUCGAUGCCGUCUUAAAUCAGUUCGAACCAACCAUCAAUCAUCUCCAGGUACCAAGCUCCCAAGCAUGGGAUAGGUCUCGCAUGAUCAACUACUUAAAGUCGAUCCUAAAGAAGGGUCCCAACGUUUUUUACUUCGCACUCAUCAACGUCUCCGCCAAGACGUACCAGGAGAACUGGGUUUCGACUUCUUCUAAAGACACUAUUGAGAUGCUGGUAGAAGCCCUACGCCUGGAGUACUGGAUUUCAACUAAUUUCAGAGACACUUUUGACGUGCUGGUAGAACCAGACGUCUCCCUGAUAACCCACCUCGGUACCAAGCUCCACGCGCUUCAUCAAGCCUGUGGCGGAAGAGAUGUCGAUACUUCGAGGUUUAUCCUAAAUGAGACCACGACGAGUGUUGACAUACGCGAUGCAUUCGACAACACACCAAUGCAUCAUGUCGCUAUGUGCAAGAGGUCAGAGGAAGACACAAAUGAUCCUCUGACGACAGACCCUCGAUCCAUCAUACAACUACUGCUAGAACAUGGCGCAGAUAUCAAUACGGGUAACAUUGCGGGUCACACACCACUUCAAGAAUGCUUCACUCCCCCAGGCUACCCUAACAUUGAUGUCGCAGUGGUUCUGCUCCAUGAAGGUGCAACAACACCAGCAAGUCUCGAUGAUUUGAUUGAAGGAGUCGACAUUAAAUAUGAGGAUGAGCAAAAACUCGCUAAUGCCUGGCCCACGUCGAUUGGAUCACCCAGCAGUAGCACGUCAUUGGAAACUUUAGAUACGGACAGACACGAGAAAAGUACAAACUGGCUUUACAAGCUCACAUGUUGCACCAAAUAUCUCGAUGGGGUAGAUUACUCGAAAUUCGAGGCAACCAAGCCAAAGAGUUGGUCUCAGUGGUACGCCUGGCUGGCUGACUCACCAUCAGAAUAUGGGGAACCAUUUAUUCCGAAGUGA